AUGGCGAUGGAGUCGUACGAAGAUGCCCUUAAGAGACUAGGAGAGCUUCUCAGCAAGAAAUUGGAUCUCGGUGAAUUGGCGGUCGCAAAAAUCAAGAAGUUAACGGAUGAGCUAGAGGAAAAUGAUUCAAACAAGUCAUCAGAUGCUGUAGAACGAAUCAAAUCGGGUUUUAUCCAUUUCAAGACUCGCAAAUAUCAGAAGAGACCUGGUUUGUACAGUGCACUUGCCAAGAGCCAGAGCCCCAAGUUUCUGGUGUUUGCUUGUUCGGAUUCCCGAGUGAGCCCAUCUCACAUCUUGAAUUUCCAACCUGGGGAAGCUUUUAUCGUUAGAAACAUUGCCAACAUGGUGCCACCUUUUGACAAGAAUCAACACUCUGGUGUUGGUGCCGCUCUUGAAUAUCCAGUUACGCACCUCAACGUGGAGAACAUUCUGGUGAUUGGUCACAGCCGUUGUGGUGGAAUAAAGGGACUCAUGUCCAUGGAAGAUGAUUCAGCUCCCAAGAGCGUCUUCAUUGAAAACUGGGUCCAGAUCGGUACACCGGCCAAGAACAGGGUCAAGGAGGAUUUCAGUGAUCUGAGCUUCGACGAUCAGUGCAACUACUGUGAGAAGGAAGCCGUGAACGUUUCCUUGGGGAAUCUCUUGUCUUACCCAUUCGUGAGAGAAAGAGUGAUGAAGAACAAGCUCGCCAUUAGAGGAGCUCACUACGAUUUCGUUAAUGGAACGUUUGAUCUCUGGGAACUUGACUUUAAGACCACCCCUGCUUUUGCCUUGUCUUAA